AUGGCGGCAACGGUGAGAGCGUCGUCGAUUUUUGCAGCUACAGCAGCUCUGGCAAUGAUAGCUGCCGCAUCCUUCAGCUGGCCAUUAGCCUCUGCCGCUUCUCCGAAAUCUUUCGUCAAGAAGACCAUCAAAUCCCACCAGAUCGUCAUCUUCUCCAAAUCCUAUUGCCCAUAUUGUAGGAGGGCUAAAGCUGUUUUCACAGAGUUGAACCAGAAGCCAUAUGUGGUUGAGCUUGAUGAGAGAGAUGAUGGGCAAGACAUUCAGGCUGCAUUGGGUCAGCUCGUAGGGAAACGAACAGUACCUCAGGUUUUUAUCAACGGCAAGCACAUUGGUGGCUCUGAUGAUACUGUUGAAGCAUAUGAAAGUGGUGAACUGGCUAAGCUUCUGGGCAUUGACGUGGAUGAAAAGGAGGAUUUGUAA